CAGCUGACUCCUUCACAUGACCGUCUCAUCUAGUUUCUCCUGUUUACCGGCGAAACUCCCACAAAGAAUCCGCUUUGGGCGACAGAGCCGCGAUGUUAGAGUCUGUUUAGGAACCAGACGGAAGAGUUUACCGGAUAAACAAGUCAGAGUUGAUAAAAACAGCUAAUUAUGUCACUAAACUCAGCGUGAAUCCGCACAAAGAGCACCAGCCCGGUUAGCUUCACGGAUCCAGCUCUGUCGAUGUGCUGCCCACCGCAAUAGAUUUUUUUUCUUCUUUUACUUCAUUCACUUCCUCAAGGAAUUUAAAUAUCCUCCAAAAUGAGUCCAGAAGGGAAGCGGCUUUCAAACAUCGUCAUCCUCGGCUUUGGCUUCAUGUUCAUGUUCACUGCUUUUCAAACAUGUGGCAACAUAGAGCAAACUGUAAUCAAGAGCUUCAACAGCACUGAGUUCCACGGCAGCGGAUACACGAGCAUGUCCAUCAUCUAUGGAGUUUUCUCUGCGUCCAACCUGAUCGCGCCCUCGGUGGUGACAGUCAUCGGGCCUCAGCUCUCCAUGUUCUUCAGUGGACUUCUGUACAGCGGCUACAUCGCCAUGUUCAUCCACCCGUACACCUGGAGCUUCUACACAGCGUCGGUGCUGGUCGGGAUCGGAGCUGCAAUUCUUUGGACGGCUCAAGGAAACGUUCUCGCCAUCAACUCCACCGACCGCACCAUCGGAAGGAACAGCGGCAUCUUCUGGGCACUGCUGCAGUUCAGCUUAUUCCUUGGAAACCUUUACAUUUACUGCGCCUGGCACGGACAUGUCCAUAUCACAGAUAAAGACCGUCAGACGGUGUUCAUCUCUCUGACCGUCAUCAGUCUGGUCGGCUGCUUCCUCUUCUUCCUGAUCCGGAAACCCGACCCAGAGUCUUCUUCUUCUCCCUCGGAAGUGACCGAGUCGCUGCUGGAGCCAGAAUCCUUCGAGAACUCCACAGCCAGUUCGCCUCCAGCAGGAAUCUGCUCUCAGGCUCUGGACGCUUUCAUUAAAGCCUGUAAAAUGUUUGUCACCAAAGAAAUGCUGCUGCUGAGCGUCUCCAUCGGAUACACAGGCCUGGAGCUCACCUUCUACAGCGGCGUCUACGGGACGUGUAUCGGAGCCAUGACGCGCUUCGGUCAGGAUGCAAAGAGCCUGAUCGGGAUUUCUGGUAUCUGUAUCGGUAUUGGAGAGAUCUUAGGAGGGGGCGUCUUCGGGAUGCUGAACAAGAACGAUCGUUUCGGGAGGAACCCGGUGAUUCUGCUCGGACUCAUCACGCACUACGUCGCCUUCUACCUGAUCUUCCUGAACAUUGCCAGCGACGCUCCUUUGGCUCCUGAAGCAGGAACUGACCUGCAGGCCUACAUCAGCCCCAGCCUGGGCGUGGCGUUGCUCUGCAGCUUCCUGCUCGGUUUGGGUGACAGCUGCUUCAACACUCAGCUGCUCAGCAUCAUCGGCUUCCUGUUCAGAGACAACAGCGCUCCUGCCUUCGCUGUCUUCAAGUUCAUCCAGUCCAUCAUGGCGGCUCUGGCCUUCUUCUACAGCAACUACCUGUUGCUGCACUGGCAGCUGCUCAUCCUCGUCGUCGCUGGCUUUCUGGGCUCCGUCACCUUCUUCGUGGCCGAAGGCGUCGCUCAGUCCCACCGGCGGGAGUCCGACUACGACAGCAUCUGACCUGGAGGAUGACGAGGGAACAGCUGGAAGUGUUUGGCGCUUCACGGCUAGGUUUAACAAUCCUCCACAGAGACGUUUCUCAGACCAACGCUGUGGUACGUUUGGUUUUUACCGAGUCGGAGCCAAAUAUUUAUUCAACUACAUCUAAAAACACGAGGGGGCAGAGUGUGCACGCCAGAUAUACCUCAUAUAGCUUCAUUCCUGGCCUCUUAUUCUUUAUUUUGUGCACACAGUCUGAACAAAAUAUACUUAGUGGGAUGGGUGGAGGAAAUUAUCAAGCACUUUGGAUUGAUGUUAGUGCAGUUCAGAGGGAGGACACACUGACCUUAUUGUGAAUCAGCUGCAGGUUUUAAUGUUCACUUUAAAGAGACGUCUGGUGGCAUUCAGUUUAUUUUGUCUUGACAGCAAAUCCCACAAGGUGACUAAUAAUCCCUAAUAAGCAGCUUAUUUCUUUGUGCCAAAAUCAAAUAAAACACAUCAGUUCACAUCAUUUCUGCAUUUUUUUUGGGCUGAAUCCUAAAUAUACCUUCUGCUGCAGCAAAUGUGGAUUAAUCCGCCGCUGAAAAUAGUCCCAAACAUGCUGUUUUCCUCCCAUUUGUGAGCCACAGGCAGAAAUGCAACGUAGAUGUUGGUCUUUCUUUUUUUUUGAUUUGCUGCCAAGAAAAAUAAAGAAUAUCACUGACGCGUGCACAAAUUACAAUGAAAUGCUGACAAAACCGUCGCUCUUGGACUCCAAACACCCGUAAUUCCUUCAUAUAUUCACUUCACGUGUCGUGUCGUCACUGCUUUAUUCCUCAGCUGCAGUUACAAGUUUAUCACUGCCUCAGCAGAAACACAACAAUCCAGAAACACAACAGUGGUUUAAAGGGAAGAUUAUCAAGGAACUGGACUCUCUCUGUUCAUUUUUGUUUCAUGUGAAGCCUCUGUUUGGCUGUACGGUUGAUAUUCAGGGGAUCACAGGUGGAUGACAGCAUCUCGAAGUUAACAGACUGUUCGGUUUGUGCCUCAAAGAAGGAAAGAGAAAGUCUUUUUCUUUUCUUUGCUACUUUUUCUCAUUACCUGAUGUGCAACAGGGAUAGUUUGACAAGGAAACCGACACAACAAGAUGGUAAAUCAAGAGAAAUGUAGUUCUUUUAUUCCAGAUUUUUGGAUGAGCUCUUACUCUUAGCUUAAAGGGACACUACACCGAUGUAGCACUGCUUAAGUAUGGCGACCUACCACAGUUAUAUUUACAGAAAAAAGCAGAUCAAGACUCAAAAACCAAGUCCUAUAAUGCACCUUGAUAACUGCUUAUAUUGUUAUUUAGUCCUCUAAGUCCCCAAACCCCACCGGCACGUUUAAAAGACAUGAUUUCUUUUUUAAAAAUCACCCAAAUUGCACCUUUUAUCAGAGCCAGAAACUGUAAAAACAGAAACAAAUCUUUGGAUAUUCACCUUCCCAACAGUCCCUCUGUUUAAGCUUCAAAUCAUAUUUCACUUUCUUCUACGUGUCUCAUUUAAACAUUUGCCAAAAAUAAACGGUUUGCUCUAACCAGAUUCUUUAAAAACACUAAAAAUUCUGUGCUCCUUGACAACCGUGAAGUGACUCGGCUGUAACCAACAGUCACAUGACAAAAAUCCAGGGACUUUUCUGAACUGCAGGCGGUGCAUCAGCCAGAAACAACAAGAAGUGAGAAUUUUUCAACUUUCGGACAGUC